AUGUCUACGGCAGUCACCCCAACCGCUGAUGUCGAAGUUAGUCACUUGAAGGGACUAAUCCAACAAAACGCGAAACGAUCUCGAGCUCUCUUCGCAGGAAGCGCAAAGCAAGAUGAAGCACACGUCACAGAAGCAGCCGAACGACUCUCAAUAGCGUCACGCAUCCGCGCCGAAUACGACGAUGUCAGAGAGCUGCCGCCUGUUCUUGCGGCGAAGAUGGCGAGUGUUGGUGGACCGAGAAAGAAGGCCAAGAUUGCGCCCGCAGACGAAGGAAUGGGCGACGCGAAGACGACGAAGCUUAUAGAGGGCGUGGUGUCGUCGAGGGAAACGAAGGGAGGCUCAUCUACGGCUUUGACGCUUUUGAGAGGGCGUGGGGGAGCGGAUGGUAGCGCGCCGCCGAAUGCGAAUGGACCGACGACGCAAAAGAACCUUCCGUCUUCGAGUCUGGUUCGCAAGCAAACGGUCGUGCAGGUCAAGCCGGAAUGGCACGCGCCUUGGAAGCUUAUGCGGGUUAUUUCUGGACAUUUGGGAUGGGUGAGAAGUCUGGCUGUUGAGCCGGAGAACAAGUGGUUUGCAAGUGGUGCUGGAGAUAGGACGAUUAAGAUUUGGGAUCUUGCGACUGGGAAUCUCAAGUUGACUUUGACGGGGCAUAUUUCGACGGUCAGGGGCCUUGCUGUGUCGCCAAGGCAUCCGUAUCUUUUCUCUUGUGGAGAGGAUAAGAUGGUGAAGUGUUGGGAUUUGGAAACGAAUAAGGUUAUUAGGCAUUAUCACGGCCAUCUGAGUGGUGUCUAUACACUGGCACUACAUCCUACUCUAGAUGUACUGGUUACGGGCGGUCGUGAUGGUGUUGCCAGAGUUUGGGAUAUGCGGACUAGAAGCAACAUACACGUUCUCGCUGGACACAAGGGCACAGUAUCAGAACUUAAGUGUCAAGAGGCGGAUCCCCAAGUCAUCACUGCGUCCCUCGACUCGACCGUACGAUUAUGGGAUCUUGCGGCAGGAAAGACAAUGGGUGUGCUCACACAUCACAAGAAGGGUGUAAGAGCUCUAGCUGUUCAUCCGAAGGAGUUUACCUUUGCUUCUGGUAGUACAGGGAGCAUCAAGCAAUGGAAGUGUCCCGAAGGCGCUUUCAUGCAAAAUUUCGAAGGCCAAAACUCGAUUAUUAAUACCAUGUCCGUCAACGAGGAUAACGUUCUUUUCUCAGGUGGAGACAAUGGAUCGAUGAGUUUUUGGGAUUGGAAAUCGGGUCACAGAUUCCAAGCUCUAGAUACUACUGCUCAGCCUGGUUCGCUGGAGGCCGAAUCAGGACUCAUGAGUUCUACAUUUGACAAGACUGGGCUUCGAUUAAUAUGCGGGGAAGCCGACAAGACGAUCAAAGUAUGGAAACAAGAUGAGACAGCAACUCCGGAAACACACCCGCUGGAGUGGAAACCUACUCUGGGCAGACAAAAGUUUUAG